AUGUUGCUACAAGUUUCUUUGGAGUCAACACUGGAUGAAGUCCUUGCCAAUUUUGAUGGUGAGCUUGGAGUUCCAUAUAGCUCACUGCUUGAUGAUGUGGUCAUGGUCAGCUAUGGUAUCCACCUGAUGUUCGUCUUCCCUAUUGUGUUCUUCUCUGUUUGCCUCAACCUGGAUGGGCUCCUCUACCCGUAUGCCAUCUCGAUCGCACAUGACAAUAGGAGAUUCCUCUUGGUAACUUUAGCUCUCAUGGGAUUUAUCUUUGUGGGAGCCAAUUUUGUGCCUACAAUCUGGGAUGCCUUCCAGUUCACUGGUGCCGUGGCUGCCAUCGCUGUUGGUUUUAUUUUUCCAGCUGCUGUUGCUCUUACGGACCCGAAUGGAAUUGCAACGAAGAAUGACAGACUGAAAACGAUCAACCAGGACCACGAAGAUGAUAUCCUAGCCAGCGCAUGCUCUCUGAAAAAGAUCAAACAGGACCACGAAGCUGGACUCCAGUUCCUCUGUUUGAUUGCUGGUCCAACAAAAGUUACGGAGAAUUGA